AGUUUCUCCUAAGGCAAACACACACACAUGAGACGAGGACAAAAGACAGAGAGAGAGAGAGAGAGUGUGUGUGUGUGUGUGUGCGGUAAAGCGAGGCAGACUUUGUCCAUGCAGCAGGUCAUCUUGGUCGUCGUCGUCGUGGUUUCAGGAGCUUCUAAGUGGUCUGCGAGACAAACUGGGACACACAGUGACGGGGGAAGCGGUGAACAGGUGAUGUGUCCUCUGAGGGGAUCGAACACACGGGCGGACUGAGGAACAACAGGAACAACCUGCACUCAGGUGUCGUCAGGAUCUUUGAGUUCUCUGACUGCAGCUUCGAACAGAUUUAAGCUCCUUUAAGCUCCGCCCACUGCAGACAAACAUCAUGACCUCCUCAUCACCAGCUCUGUCUUCAUCUUCAUCAUCAUCAUCAUCAUCUACCUCAGGGAAUCAGCUCCUCUCCUCUUCUUCGUCUCCUCUUCGUCCUCAUCUGUCUCUGCAGAGUCCAGAACUACAGGCCGAGUUUCUGCGAGAGUGUCAGAGCAGAUUCCAGUUCAACAGGGACGUCUGUGAAUCCAAUGAAACACACUCCCCCUCCCCCGUCACCCCCUACUCACCUCUGCCGUCCCCCUUCAGCCCUGCACCCACCUCCUCCCCCGGCAGCUCCUCGUCCUCCUCGUCCUCCUCUCCCUGCUUCGACAACAGACGAGCUCGUCUGUCUCUGUCUCUGUCCAGCCCCGAGCUCCUGUCAGAGCUGAAGCACUCGAGGACUCGUUCCCUCCGACAUGUCCCCGCGCACAAAGGACUGACCACCGUCUUCUCUGGACAAGGACGGGGGCGAGGAGGAGGACAGGUGAGCAAACACAAACAGGUGUCUGGCCCCGCCUCCUCCACUCAACAAACCAAUCAGAAGACCUCCCGCUGAUCUCUCAGCAGAUCCUGAACAUGGACUGACUCAGUCUGCUCUCUCUCUCUACAUCACAAACACUAACCCGGACAUUCAGACCUCUUCAGUCCUUCUUUUCUUCUCCCUGAGCUCAUGAACAGUUUGUAAUGAUCAAUUUGUUUUAAACUGUGAAGAGUUAAGAAGUCAUUAAUUUCAUGUAUAUGUGUGAAUAAAGAUGUAACACUAGUGGAA